AAUGUUGCCUCAACUAUUUUUCGCGCUUGUGUUAAUUUCUCAACUUUCAUCUAAUGUAAACUGUUACCUUCAAAUUCAUGAGUCAAGUGUUUGGAUUCCAUAUUCUGAUGAUAAUAUUUCUCAGCCUAUUUUCAUGUGGCAUAUGAAUCGGGGUUUUCUACCGACACAAUAUUCAUCUCUACAAUUGAAUACUGAUCCAACCAAUGUUAAUAAUCCUAAUUUCUAUCAGACUCUUAAGAAAGCCUAUUCGUUAUAUGUAAAUUCAGAAAGUACUGAUAUUUGUAUUUUAUUACCUGUCAACAAUUCUAUAUUCGUACACUUUGAAUUGAACGAAACUAUGGCCACUCAGUACAAUUCAACUACGAGCCGUUGGUCAACUAAUCGUUCUCGAGCUGUUCUGUAUGAACUGACGAAUGAUACAACUGUUGAAUUCCCUGGAAUUGGUGUUAGAGCGGAAAAUAUUUCUGAAUUGAUUUUGGUCACUUUUCGUGUUUCAGAUUGGCUCGCUGAGGUCAAAGGGCAUAGAGUUGCCUCCAAUUUCGAUAGUAUUACCACGCAUUGCGCUUUCAAUCAUAUGAAUAAAGCUUAUAGUGUCGGACGUCGUACGCAUCGCGAUGGCAAUGUCGUCGUUUUCGUUUCUCGAACAGUAGUAGAUGAUCAAGUACGAUACAUGGAAUUGGGUUCGCACCAAUUUCGAGAAGUUUUUGGUGAUAUGUCUAUGGUUCAGUUUGUCGCUUCCGAUUACAUCCUUCAGCAUGGUAAUUUCUCGGUUGCUCAGUUACUCUUUGUAAGUUAUCAAAACGACUCCGAUGAAAUUGUAGCAUUUCAAUUUUCAGAAAUAAUGGCCAACUUUGAUGAAUUUGACAGAGGAUUGUGUUCUUUUGAUUUUACAAUAUGGUCAAGAGGUAUCGUCACUGAUAAUCCUACAUGUUUACGGUCUCUGAUCAUGAGUAGGUCUAAUCGCGGGGAUAGAAUCGCAAAUUUCACUAUACUUCCUAACCAAGAUAACGAUAGCGAAUAUGUACUGAAACUCUGGCCAAUGAAUAAUUAUAUGAGAAUCAAUUUGGAUAGAGAUGGUUGGGGUAAAAUUGUCGAUUUUGUCGCACUUGCAAUGACAGCGAUGCCUGGUUAUCUUCUUUUGGUUCUUACAGCGAAUCACCAAUACACACGAUAUCGAUUUUCAAUUCAUUACGUUGACUCUGAUACUUUCCGGGUAACUAAUCAUCCAGAUGAGGUAAUAAUUCCAUACAAUAGACGUGCUGAUCAUGUUAAAAUCUAUUAUCACGAUAAUCCAGUCCCUCAAGUACUCAUUACGAUCGAUCAAUUUCAUUAUCAUACAAACAUUAACCUGUGUCCACUCUUGUCAAACUCUUCUUGUCUCGACUGUACAACAACCAAAUACUUUGAUGAUGGUGAGAAUGAAAGAUUUUGCCAAUGGACACAAAGUGAAGAAAGUCAACUUGGUACUUGUUCGUCAGGUUCAAGUUUAAUUCCUAAAAAUGUAAAUGGCACAAGAGAAAACUCGUGUGUUCGUGUCACAGAUUUAUACGCAACUAGGUCAUUGUCGAACGGGUUUGACAUGGAUAUUAGUGUAGAGGGUUAUGGUGAAUCUUCGGCAUUGGCCUUUCCCUUUUUAAUCGAUUUUGUUGGAACGCAAGAUGUGCCAGAAUGUCAAUUUGUUCGAUUCGAAGACUCAACAGUCUCAUUCAAAUGUGAUAAAAUUCCUAAAAGAGAGAACGAAACGGAAGGAGAAGUCAAGCUCGAAAUUUCGGUUUCUCGUAUUGUCUCAUCGAGAAACGAGAUCUUGAGCUGGCAUUUAGCAACUGAACCAUUUUAUAUACGAAGUUCUUCUAAAUUACCGUUGAUUAUAGCUUCGAUUUUUGUGUUGACAAUAAUCGGUGUAAUUGGAAUUUACAUUUUUCAAAACAGAUUCAGAAAAGGAGGAAAAGUUACACGAUUCGGUUCGGGUAUCAAACUUGUUGGUCAAGGUAAAGCUCAGUUAAAAUCUGGUUCAGUGUUAUCAAUCUCUUCGAAAGAUAUUUUAGCUGUUAAAUCAAAGAAAUCUCAAAUCGGCUCAUCUAAGGCCAAAUCGAUCUUAGAACUGAGAAAAGGUAGUGGAUUAGGUAAGAGUAAAGCCAGUUCGAAAACUUCAUUGUCUAUGAAAUCGAGCCAAAGCAAAUCGAAAUUGUCUCAACUUAAACGUAGCUCAAGCGUUGGACCAGUCGAUUCAAAGAAAUCCCAAGUUUCCUUAGCUCGUGCCAAUUCUGUCUCAAAGGUCAAAUCAAAAUCCAGCUCCAAGUUAAAAUCUUCUAUCGCUCCUAAAGGUAAAUCUCCUUCCAAAGUACCUGGAAAAGUUCUUGGUAAAAGUCCAACGAAAACCUCGAAAAGUGCAUUGAUGAAAAAUAUCGCACCGACUCUGGGGCAACUUAAAUCUAAAGUAUCAUCAUCAUCAUCUUCAUCAAUACCAGUGAGCUCGACAUCGAUAGUUGGAUCAACAUUAUCGCAACAAUCAAUUGCUCCAAAGAAAACCAAUUCACCAAAAGAAACAAAAAAAUGAUUCAUGAAAAAUUUCAUGGAAACGUAUCAACAUUUUCACUUCCUUUCAUUCAGAACUUUUCUCAAAUCGACCUAUCCAUUUAAUCUUAAUCAAUCAAUGUUUUGAUUAAAAUUGCAACUAGAAUAUAAAAUUUACUCAUGUACAAUCAACUGAACAACUCAUUGAAUUUUCAGAAAAUCACAAUCAGCAUAAUGAUGAUAACCAAUCAGUUAAAAUCAUAACUUUUGUAUCAAUAAUAUAAUCAAUUUGUUACAAUUUAAGUUAAUCAGAAUAUCAUAUAUAAUGUUUACCGUUUUUUACGUUAAUUUUAUUGCAAAUUCCGAUUAAAUCUAAUAUUAUAUUAGAAGAAAAAUUUAACCUUUAAUCUUAAAAAAAUCUCUUUUGCAAUUUACUUUUUAGUCUUUUUAGUCUUUUUCUUAAUACCUUUGGAUUCUAAAACUGACCCAGUGGUGGAUUUAGACUUGAAUUGGUGUAAAAAUGGAGAUUUAACCUUAGAAACAUUUUUACUGCGAUCUGAUUUAAGGACUUUCUUAGAUUUAGUCUUGGGAGUUUUCGAGUUGCUAAUUGCUUUCAGAGCUAAUAAAGAUUCCGGUGCAGAUUUGAUUCUGAGAUUGGAAUCAGUUUUCAGUUUUGAUUUGAAGACUUUGAUGUUUCUGGGAUUAUGAUUAGCAUCUUGUGAUUUCUUUGAUUUUUUUUGCAUCAAAAAAUAGCCAGAGAGAGACAUUGAAACAAUGAUAAUGAUAAUGAUUAGAACUGCAUAGAUUGACGAUUUUGAUGAUUCAGAUAAAUCAUUGGACUCCGUUGAAGUUAUACUAGAUUCUGAUGUGGGCGGUUGCGUAUCAGGAGGAUUGGUUGUAGAUUCAGUUGUUAGCUCGGUUGUUGGGUCAGUUGUUGGUUCAGUUGUUGGCUCAGUUGUUGGGUCAGUUAUUAUAUCCGUUGGUUGUGGGGUGAUUAUCGGAGUCGUGGUGGUUAUUAGUUCGGUAGUUGUAGUAGGCUCUGUUAAAGUACUGUUUUCUGUUGAAAGAAGAUGUGUACGUGCUGUGAAUCGAUUGGUGUUUUCAUAAUUAGAUGUUCUUGACUCGAUAGAUAUUUGUUAGUAGUGCAUAAUCUCCAUAUAUUACUUGAGAGCAUUGUAUCAUGAAAAUUGAACCAUUUUGUUCUGCUGCACGACAUUCUUGUAAAGUUGUCGUAGCAGUGGCAAGAUAAACGCGAAAAGAAAAUUGUGCAGAUAUUGUUUCAUGAUAACCAUUUAAAUCUGAAUAGAUGAUGAAGGUAUAUGUUAACGGUAGAUAGACUGUUGUUACU